GAACACAACCUGGUACAUUUAGAGAUGAUGGAAAAUGUUUCAGUUAUCACACUUUUUACUCUUUCAGGCUUGAAUUUCACUAUAGAACAGAGAAUCACUCUGUUCGUGCUGACAUUGCUGUGGUACUUAUUGAUUCUAUUUGGAAAUUUUACUAUUAUUUUUGUCAUUGUCAGGAACAAAUCCCUUCAUGAGCCAAUGUACAUUUUCUUGUGUAAUCUGUGCAUUAACGCUCUGUAUGGAACAGUUGGCUUUUAUCCUAAAUUCCUUUUGGACCUAGUGUUCUCACAUGUUAUUUCUUACACUGGAUGUAUGCUACAGGGAUUUGUAAUCCACUCAUCAACAUGUGGGGACUUUUCCAUUUUAACUCUGAUGGCAUAUGACAGAUAUGUGGCUAUCUGUCGACCUCUGACCUACCAUUCAGUUAUGACCAAACACAGAGUCUACAUCUUUGUGUUUUUCUCAUGGUUUGUGCCUCUGUUUUGUAUGUUCAUGAACACAGCAACGUUACUGGGCAAAAAGCUUUGCGGCUCACACAUCCAGCGGAUCUACUGUAUCAACUGGAAUGUAGCAUCUCUUGCUUGUUCACCAUCUAAAGCACAUGUUGCAGUAGGAUAUUUUAACAUGCUGUUUUACUUUGGACAUUUUUUGUUUGUUUUUUGGUCUUACAUGUAUCUGAUAAAAACAUGCAUGUUGUCCAAAGAAAACUUUCAGAAGUUCAUGCAGACGUGUUUGCCACAUUUAAUCUGUUUGAUCAUCUACUCCUUCAGUGUACUUUUAGAUUUACUCUACAUGAGACUUGGAUCAGUCACUUUAUCACAAGACCUGUUUAAUUUUAUGGCAAUUGAAUUUUUACUUAUUCCUCCUGUUGUCAAUCCACUUAUUUAUGGACUAAAGCUUACUAAAAUCCGCACACAACUUUUGAAUUUUUUUUAUAUGAAGAGGAGUGUGCACAAUAAGAGCCCAUAG